UAAAAGUGUUAUUUAUAAUAAUUUUUAUUCCAUACAUAGUUAUUAAAAUGUCAGUGUGAAAAAUGAUAAUCAUUGAUAGACUGAGCGUAUAGAAGCUUCUGAAUAGUAAUGUAAACAGAAGGGGGGUGGUAUCAUUUGGCUUUGGCAACAGUAAUGGAGGCUGUGGAAGAGGAGCGGAAUGCUGAAUUUAAUGAGGAUAAUGACUUUGAGGAACACAGUUCUGAUGAUACUGAGGAGGAAAUUGAACCCAAAUUGUGCUAUGAACGCCUGACAAAUGAUGUACCUAAUAUUCUAAAAAAAGAUGCAGCUAGUUGCAUUGCUGUCCAUACAAAGUUUCUUGCUCUAGGCACACAUCUGGGAGUAAUUCAUAUUCUUGAUCAUCAAGGAAACAAUAUAAGAAAUAAAGAGCUUCUCUUGCAUGUCACCACUGUAAAUCAAAUAAGUAUUGAUGAGAAAGGAGAUUAUUUGGCAUCAUGUUCUAAUGAUGGAAAGGUUGCUAUUCAUGGACUGUACAGUUGUGAUCUCAAUACUUCAAUAACGAUUGAGAGGCCUGUUCGAUCUGUUGCCUUAGAUCCAAAUUUUUCCAAAUCAAGUGCUAAUAGGAGGUUUAUUGUAGGUGAAGAUAAGGUUCUUUUAUAUGAACGUCAUAUUUUAACUGGUUAUAAACCUAGCAUUUUGUAUCAAGGUGAAGGAGCUAUAAGGAAUAUAAAAUGGAGAGAGAGAUUUGUUGUAUGGGCCAGUGAUAAGACUGUACGAGUAUACGAUAUGAUUGCUAAUAGAACUGUGACUAUGAUUCAAAAGGAUCAUGAUCCUUCGUUGCGUAGCGAUUUGUAUCGAUGUAAUCUAUUUUGGAAAGAUGAUAGGACUCUUCUUGUUGGCUGGGCUAAUACUGUUAAGGUAUGUCAAGUAAUUCCCUCAGAAUCUCCAAAAACAACAAGUUUAACAAAUUUAAAGGAACAGAUUGGACCUCCUCGUUUUUAUGUUCAAAUAACAUCCAUUUUCACCACUGACUUCUUUAUAUGUGGCAUCUCAUCUUAUGGAGCUGCUAUUGUUGUUCUUACUGUUGCAAAAAACCCAGAGGAAGUUGUAAGCAUUGGAUCCCGCCCUCAACUUAGAGUUCUUGAAGCUCAUGGAGAAGAUUACAGUGUAAUACUUAGUGACAUUCUCACUCUGCGUGCAUAUCAAGAAUAUAGGUGCAAUGAUUAUCAUUUAGAUAGUUUAGCCGAAGAAGGCUUGUAUUUUAUAUUGAGUUUGAAGGAUUUUGUUGUUGCUAAACCAAGAAAUGAAGAUGAUCAUAUUGCAUGGUUGUUAGAACAUGAACGAUAUAAGGAAGCUGUAGAAGCUAUUUCUGAAAGCAAAAAUUUGAAGAAAUAUACUCUUCUGGGUGUUGGAAACAUUUAUUUGGAUCACUUACUGGAGCUGAAACAGUAUAAUGAAGCUGCUGCUCUGUGUGCUGUUAUAUAUGGUAAAGACAAAGAAGUUUGGGAAACGGGAGUGUAUCGAUUUGCUGAGAUCGAACAGUUGCGAGCUAUUGCUCCAUAUGUACCAACUGAGGAAAAUUUGGUACCUACAAUUUAUGAGAUGAUUCUUAAUGAAUUUUUGCAACAUGAUCAGCAAGGUUUCUUGGAUCUGAUCCGUACAUGGCCAAGUCAUAUUUAUGAUAUAUCUACUAUUAUAAGUAUUGUAUUGGAGCAAUUAGCUUUAUUUCCCAAGUCUGAAUUGCUGUUAGAAAGUCUUAGUGAACUGUAUAUUUACGACAAGAAAUUUGAUAAAGCUUUGAAUGUGUUAAUAGAGAUUGGUAGUAAGGACAGAGUGUUUGAAUUGAUUCAAAAUCAUAAUUUGUUUGGAAGUAUUCAUGACAAACUUGACACACUAAUGGUUUUAAAUCCACCUGUGGCUACAAAUAUGCUACUCAAUAAUGUGCAAAAAAUCCCAGUGAAUCUGGUUGUUUCUAAGUUGAAAAAUAAGAAAAAAUUGUUGUAUGAAUAUUUGCACAAGGCUUUUCUUAAAGACCCUACACUUGGAGAAGAACAUCAUGGUUUGUUAGUGGAAUUAUAUGCUGAGUAUGCGCCAGAACAGUUAUUAUCUUUUCUAAGAACAUCUUAUAAUUAUUCAUUAGAACACGCUUUAGAAGUUUGUCAGCAGCGUUCUUUAAUACAUGAAGUAGUCUUCUUAUUAGGCAGAAUGGGUAACACAAGGCAAGCCCUGCAGCAGAUCACUGAGCAACUUCAAGAUAUUGAUCAAGCAAUUGAAUUCUGUAAAGAGCACAAUGAUAAAGAAUUAUGGGAGGAUUUAAUUCAAUCUUCCCUUGAUAAACCUGGUUUUAUUACUGUUUUGUUGCAAAAUAUCGGCACGCAUGUGGAUCCAAUAAUGCUGAUUCAGAAAAUUCCAAAUGGGAUGGAAAUUCCUGGAUUAAGAGAUUCAUUGGUUAAAAUUCUUCAUGAUUAUACUUUGCAGAUUUCAUUGCGAGAAGGGUGCAAGAAAAUUCUGGUGUCAGAUUGCUAUGCAUUAUUGGAAAAACUACACAAAUUACAGAAAAGGGGAAUUUUAGUAAAUGAAGAUCAGACCUGUCCAUUAUGUGAAAGAAAAUUACACUGUAAUGAUUCCAGAAGUGGAGGAAAUAUAAUUAUUUUUAACUGUCGGCAUGCCUUCCAUGAAGAUUGUGUACCUUUUCAAAAAAUGGAAACAUGUAGUAUAUGCAGUGCACAGAAGCAUGGCACAGCAGGAAAUUCAUAAUUAAUCAUGUGAUAAGUUUUGUAAAUUAUUUGGAAUUUUUCUGUAAUUUUUCCAGAAUUUUUUUUGGAAUUUUCUUUUUUAUAUCUAAAUCUUUGUAUUAUAUGAAUUAAAAUUUAUCUUUAUAUUUUAUAAUGUAGAAAUAAAUAGUUCAAGGCAAUCUAAGCCAAUAUUUUUAGUUGCA